GGCAUGUUAUGCAAAUAAAACAACCAUUACAUGAAUGUUGUGGACAUGUACAAGGAAUUUAGUUCAUAUGUGCCCCAUUUUUGUCCCCUAUCGGUGAAACCAGAGGGGACUUAAGGUUUGGGCUCUGUGUCUUGCGUCUCCUAUAACAAAGAGCAACAAGUCACCAUGGCAACUGGUACAUCAACAACGUCGUCAACGGAGUCAGCAGGAACAGGUGGGGCAACAGCGGCGUCGGGUGAGUCGGAUGAUAAACCACCUUUAGAGGGCUCGGUGAAACUCUACAUCACAUCCUAUACUGAUGACUUCUUUGCUGAGCGAGAGUUCUUCAGAAGAGAGAUUUUGCCAAACUUGAAGAGUUGGUGUGAAGCCAAGCAUUUGGCUCUGAGUGAGAGAUAUGUUAAGUGGGGUUCCAUCUACCCAGACCGGAGGGAGGCCUCAACCCAGGAGAAGAUUCAGACCAGCAUUGAGAACUGCUAUCACCAUAACAACAUGCCCAUCUUCCUCAACUUUACCAGUGAGGGUGUUGGCUGGGUGCCCAUGUGGGGGGAAUGCCCUGAUGAAUACGUGGAGGAGUUUAUCCAGGCGUAUGGGCUGCUGCCAGAGGACAUCCAGGUCAUGUCUGGGGCCUACAGAGAGGACAAUCAUAACUCCCUGUUCCUGAUCCGCAGUGAUGUGAUCCUGGACAAGAUUCCUGACUUGGAGAAGAAGUACUUCCUUCAGAGGACCUCCGCCUCGGACAAAAUCAAACAGAACGGAGACAUGGUCACACAGAAGUUUCCUCCUGCGCGUUUGAUCAAGUACAACUGCAAGUACAUGGGUCUGGACGCCAGGAAACAUGCCAAGCUGGCUUUCCAGGACUCCCUCGGACCUACUAUACUGGACUUCUGCAAGCAGCGUAUCCUGUUUGACUUCUGUGGGGAGCAGCCCCAGUCGUUCAACAAGCAGGACAACCAGGUCUCUCUGGAACACGAGACCUUCAAGACGCAGAAGGCCGCCUGCGUCAUUGGACGAGAGGACAUCAUCAAGAAAAUAGAGGAGUACAUUUUCAAUGGAGACAAGGAUGUGCCACUCAUGUUGCUAGGUGACCCAGGGCUCGGCAAGUCGUCUGUCAUGUGCAAGGUGGCAGAACAGCUCACGCAGAGGGCGAAGAACGGACAACUGAAAAGAUCUGACGGUAGAAGCUGGCAUGUGUUCUAUCACUUUGUUGGUGCCAUCCCAGGAUCAACAAUUGUAGAGCCACUGCUGAAACGCCUACUGAGGAGUAUGGACUUCAUAACGGACUCGAACAUACCCAAGGAUGUGAAUGCGGCGGCCCAGCAGGUGUGCAGCAUGCUGUCCAACCCCAACACCCAGCCGCUCAUUGUGAUGGUGGACGCCAUCAACCAGUUCUCGGAAGACCAAGCUUCGAAGAUAAUGAGCUGGGUCCCGCGCAAGUUGUCCCCCUUUGUUCGCAUCAUUUUCUCAUCUGUCAGCGGUUGUACGCAGCACGUCACGCUGAUGAAGCGGGAAACCAAGCCUAUAGAGCUGCAGAUCACGCCCCUGGAUAUGAACACCAGGAAGGCGAUUGUCGCCAACAUGCUGACCAAGUACGGCAAGAAGCUGUCCAACGGUCAGCUAGACCGCCUGCUGGCCCACCCGUCCUCAGAGAAUCCCCUGUGGCUGACCAUUGCGUGUGAACAGCUGUGUCAGUACCGCAGCGGCAAUGCCACCGCAGACCGGAUCAACUCCCUGCCAGAGGGGGUGCAGAAUCUUCUUGAGGAGGUAUUGAAGAGGUUUGAGUCAGACUCCGGAGGUCUCCUCCUGGUGGCCACUCUCUGUCUACUCGAGGCCUCGGCUGCAGGGCUUGACGAGUCGGAACUGAGACGUCUCCUGGCCGACGAGGAUCAACUCAUGCCUCCUGGGGCUUUCGAUGAGAAAGAUGAAAAGGAGACAUCCGAGAAGGAGACCAAGUCCAGUAGCACCGUUCUGUCGGAGGCCAAGUGGUCGCGCGUGUUCAAGACCCUCCAGCCGUACAUCCGACCCUAUGGGGACAGCUGCCUGGGACGCAUGGAUAUCUACCACCGCACUGUGAGCAACGCCGUUAGGCAGAGGUAUUUCCAGAAGAAGGUUGCAGUGGUUGAUGAGAACAUAGAGGAAGAGGAGGAUGUUCCAACAGCGGCCGACUGGUGGCACAAGAAACUGGCUGACUUCUUUGAAGAACAGUCACAUGAGCACAUGGAUAGAUACGUGGAGGAGUACCCGCAUCAGCUGAUGUGCCUGGAGGACAAAACCCGCCUGGCGGCGGCGCUGUGUGACUGGCGCGUGUUUGACGUCCUGUACAACGAGGAGUACAGCUCUUACCUGCUCAUUUUCUGGAGAAAGGUGGGCAGUGCUAGCGACAUGAUCUCCAAUUAUGAGAGCGCUCUAACUGUGUUUGAAGAAGAUGAAAAUGUUAACGAGGAAGCCGUCUCCAUACGCUACGAGAAAGUCUGCAGAGUUGUGAUCCAGGCGGGCAAGUACCAUGAGGCGCUGGAGUUGCUGAAGACUGCACUGAAGAUAGAGGAGAAGGAACUGGGGGCUCGGGCUCACCGCAUGGUGGAGCUUUACGCGCUCAUGGCAGAGAUCUAUGAUGAGAAACUGAAGCUGAAUGACUUUGUGUCGCCCAGUCAACUUCCAGAUCUCCGUAAAACAAUUCACUAUGGCCGGAAAUCAAUUGCAAUAAGAAGGACCCUGCCAGGGGCUUAUCAUAGAUCCAAGCUGGGUAUGAGCCUGAUGAAGCUGGCGUUCAACAUGGAGAGCUGGCAGGCAUGCGGUGGGGGCCCAGAACUCUCACAGGCAGACGCCCUUGCCGAGGGCAACAAGUACAUCGACAAGGCCAUCAAGAUUUUCCAGGAGCUGAAUGAUGAUGGCCACUAUGCGGAGGCGUUGAUGACAAAGGGAGUGCUGGCCCCAAGGGGCUGUAUGGAACAGUUGAAGUUGUAUAAUGAUGCCAUGGACCUGGCUAUGCAGAUGUAUGGGGAGUACCACAUCCUCACCUCGCGCCUGUACAUCAAUAUCGGUAUUGUGUACGAGGACAACAACAACUACAACAAGGCCUACGAGUACUUCAAGAAGUGGGCAAGGGUCAGCGAGGAGAUCCUGGGGCCUGACCAUCCCAAGACCUUGCGGGCAAAAGGCGUCCUGCGAGAAUCGCGAUAUAAGAGCAUCGCCCGUCGCCUCGGCGAGGCUGUAGACGAUGUGAACGAAGAGGAAGAUAAUGAAGAAGGGGACGCUGAAGAGGACGCAGAGGCGGUUGACAUAGAACAUUACGAUGAUCAGGUGGGUCCGAGCUCAAACCAACGUCUGAUCAUGGAGAACAGUCUGAUACAGGAGAAUGGGGAGAUGUCAACUGUUAACAGUGAUCCGGCAUUGAUACACGGGCUAGGAAGUAGCGAUGAUAUCGAGGUGAACGGAUAUUAUGACGAAGAUGAGGAUCAGGAUUCAGAAAGCGGUAGUGAUCGAGAAAAUUCGGACAAUGAGAAUUUUUACGACGAUAAUUUCGAGGAUUACGACGAGCAGUAUAUGAUAUAUUCUGAUACUGGAGCGCUUGUCAACUUGAGUAAUGUCAAUGUGCUGCAAACUAGCGAUGACGAAGAUGAUGACGAGAUUAUUCAGAUGGCGGCUCGGGAAAACGCCCGCGGGCCGGACGUUGACAACCGCUAUGCCAGCGACAGUCACGAGUCAAGUGGCACUGAGAGUGAUGGUGAUGACACCACAAAUCAGCCAAACGCAUCUAAUCAACGGCAGGCAAGACACAAUUAACACGUAUGUGUGUUCUGAAUUAAUUAAUGAAUUAAUUUUUUUGUUUCACUUGUUUUGAUUGCCAUCAUGUGUUGCUUGGGCGUUGAAGCCUUUCACUGGAAGACAGCGACUCUGUAGAAUCAUUCUUGUAUUGCAGUGCAUGUCUUUGUGUUUUGAUUGUUAAAGUGAGUGUUUCUAUGUAGUCUUUGAACAGUCUGCAUCAACAGGUACAGGAAUGUGCUUAUACUAGUGUAAUUCUGGUAGACUGGUGCUAGGUUUUAGAUUGAAGAACUUUUGAUGUAAGUAAGGCAGGUGUUACUUAUGAAAGAUGAUCUGCAUUUUUUUCCAAUACUGUUCAAUUCAUACCAGUUUGUAAAUACUUAUUUGUAGCUACAAAUGUAGCUAUAUUACUUUGUUGCUCUAUGUUCUUUUAAAGAGGUUUAGUUUUUGAGCAGAUUUUUUCAUCUCUGUUCAUGUCGUAGCGCUUUAGUUUUGUACAGACUUUUUCAUGAUUGUUGUCUGUUUAUUUUUGUAGUUGUUACAGAUUACUUUGCUUUCCAUAUUUUGGGUACAAUGCUGUUUGAUAACCAUUAAAAUGUUCACACGUUCACCUUAAUGUGUCUCAUGUUUUAAGUGUGAUUAAUGUACCAUAAGAACCAAGAUAUGUGUUGUUUUAUUCGAGCCAUGUUCUGAGAAAACUAGGCUUAAUGCAUGUGCGUAAAGUGUCAUCCCAGAUUAGCCUGUGCAGUCCACACAGGCUAACCAGGGAUGACACUUUUGCCUAAACCUGAUUUUUGGGAAACAGGGACUUCCUUGAAACUAAAAAUACCAUAAAAGCGGAAAGUGUCGUCCCUGAUUAGCCUGUGCGGACUGCACAGGCUAAUCUGGGAUGACACUUUAUGCACUUGCAUUAAGCCCAGUUUUCUCCGAACGUGGCUCAUUCAAUCUCAUGUUUGUAAGCGAUUCUUCAUGUGCUGUUGUAUUUAGCUAGCAGUUUUGAUAUAUUGUGCUUUGAUGUACUAUGUUUAAGUUCUGUCCAUUUGUUGACAUAUUUUGAUUAUGUAUAAUAAAGUGCAAAACAUCCA